AUCAAUCAUAUUUGAAGCAAUUCCAAAUUAUAAUAAGAAUUAAAAAAUUGGAGAUAUUAGAAUAAUAACUCAUUAGAAAUUUUUGAAAAUAGAAAAGUAGAUGUCACAAUGAAAAAAUGACCGAACAAAUAUCACAGAAAUUUUUACAUUCAUUUAUUGACUUUUCAGAUUUAAAUUUUUUUCAUAAUCUAGGACUUUAGUUAAGGUUUUCCGAAGAUUUUCAAAUUUAUAGGUAUUGCUGAUUCUCAAUUGGCCCAGCAACAAUCUUAAUUCAUCUUCUCUGAUAGAAUCACAUAUACAACUCCGUAGUCUAACCUUUUUCAUUACCAAAUUAUUGAAUUAUAUUGGGUGAACUUUCUCUUCACCUAUAUGAAUAAAAUUUUCCGCAGAGUACUUUUUCCACUAUUCAGCCUUUCAACACGUUACAAAAUGGAUGAAAAUUUUUCCAAUUCCAAUCGAAAAAUAUCCACUAGUCUCAAAGGAUUGAAAGGAGAAGAAUGGGAAAAUGCUUUUUCUAAAUAUAUUUCAGAAAUAAAAUAUCCACCUGUAAAGGAUUUCAAGAAAGGACUUGAAUGGUUCAAUGUUUCUAAACCAAUUUCCUUUAAGGAGGAUUUGAAAGGUAAAUUGGUGUUAUUGGAUUUUUUCACUUACUGUUGUAUCAACUGUAUGCAUAUAUUGCCUGACUUGAAGGAAAUAGAGGAAGAAUUUUCAAUAGAAGAUGGAUUAGUUGUUAUUGGGGUACACAGCGCCAAAUUCCAAAAUGAAAAAGUCUCAUCAAACAUCCUAGCAGCUGUCCAACGUUAUAACAUUAAACAUCCCGUUGUAAACGACUUUGAGAUGGAUAUGUGGCAAGAAUGUGAUGUCUAUUGUUGGCCCUCUAUGGUACUGUUGGGUCCCAAUGCCAAUCCAAUCAUUCUCCUUACGGGAGAAGGAAACAAGGAACAGUUAAAAUUGUACAUCAGAAAUGCAUUGAAAUAUUACAAAGCUCGAGGAGAAAUCUCAAACCAUACGUUACCCAUGAAAUCAGUGUAUCAUCAUCUGCCAGAAAAGAAGGGACCCUUGUUAUUUCCUGGAAAGAUAACCAAUGUCCUCACGAAAAAUAAGGAAGAGAUCUUUGCCGUCUCUGACACUGGUAAUAACAGGAUUAUAGUCUUCGAUAAGACUGGAAAGAUCCUUAAGCAAAUAGGAUCUUCUAAGAUAGGUUUCAAGGACGGCAGUUUCGAAGAGGCCCAAUUCAAUGGCCCUCAAGGUCUUACAUUUUACGACGAGAACGAAUUAUUCAUUGCAGAUACAGAAAAUCAUGCUAUCAGAAUGGCUGUUCUUGCGCAUGACACUGUUAAAACAAUUACGGGAACAGGUGAACAAAACCACGACGAUUAUACAGGGGGAAAAUUUUCGAUGAAUCAAUCAAUUUCUUCUCCGUGGGACGUGGUGGUGUACAGAAAUGAGGAUAAUUUGGAAGCACUGGUUAUAGCAAUGGCAGGAACUCACCAAAUAUGGGCCUAUUUCUUAAACACUAUGCAACUUUGGAAGAACAAUAAAGGGGCGGUUGGCACUUGCAAGUGCAUUGCAGGUUCAGGUCGUGAGGAGAACAGAAAUAACACUUAUGCACAUGCAUCAGCCUUUGCCCAACCUUCUGGUCUUGCUCUUUGCAAGAAGAAAUCAGAAAUUUAUAUUGCCGAUAGUGAAAGUUCAAGUAUUAGAAGGUUUUCUCUGAUAGAUGGAAGAGUAUCGGCUGUUGUUGGUGGAAAGGAGGACCCCAAAAAUUUGUUCGCCUUCGGUGAUGUGGAUGGUGAGAAAUACAACGCCAAACUUCAACAUCCGCUGGGAGUUGCAAUGUCUAACGACGAUUCACACCUCUUUGUGACCGACACUUACAAUCACAAGAUCAAAGUAGUCGACAUCAAAACCAAUGUCAUCACCACUUUGGCCACGCCCCCAGGGACAUUCAACGAACCAGGUGGCCUCUGCAUGAGCCUAACCGAGCCCAAAUUGUACAUAGCUGAUACAAACAACCAUUGCAUCAAAGUAGCCGAACUGGAUUCGGAUUACAAAAUAACCAAAGUGACUCAACUAACUUUCAGCUCUACCGCAAACUCGAAAAAAUCUCCCAAAUUCCGCGGAGAUACUGUGAAAACUACCCCGGUGUCUUUGACCAAGGAAGGGGGACAGUUUUCUGUGAGAGUUGCGGUGCAGUUCUCCGAUGGAUUAAAGUUGACAGAAGACAUUUCGCAAAACUGGGAGGUGGAGAUACCGAAUGUUUCGUAUUCGUGUGUUCCGAAAUCUGGGAAUAAUUUGAAAGAGGUGGAGUUCUUUGUUAGUGCUCCCCCAGGUCCUGAAAUUGCUGAUGAUAGGGUCCUUGUAGUUUUUGAUAUUAUGACUUGUACUGAUUCUGCUUGUAUUCCUAAGAAAUUUGCUGUUGAGAUUCCGAUGUCUUGUAGCGAGAAGAAAGAUGAGGAGAAGUUGGUUACGGUAAAUAUAAAACAGAAUUCUAUCGAGGUUGUUUGAUUUCAUGAGGAAUUAGUUGUUUAUAUAUUAUAACAAGUAUUUAUUUCACAUUAUUUGGUUCAGGUGUAGAAAAUAAUUCGAAUAGUUUAUAUUAUAAAACUAAUAUUAUUACAAUCUUCUUUUUGCAAACUUAAUACUUCGUAUCUGAUUCAAAUUUUAUUUAUUAUUUAUAUUUUAAGAUUUCAAACGUUACCACUUUUCAGUAAGAGACUU